GCUCUCUCUAUUCCCCAACAUUCUGUCACUUCUCAGUCUACUCUUUGAUUCGGGUGGCUCAAUAGGCGAACAUCAUUCAAUUACACCAUCAUUCUAUUAAUAAAGUGAUUUGUUUGCUCUUGCGGGGAAUUGCGUGGUGAAAAAGCGAGCAAUGCCCAAGGGGGAAGAAAAUUGAGUGGAAAUUCGCAAGUUCCUUCCUUUUCCCUGCGGCUCCGUGAGUGCGUGGGUGGUGCAAAGGGAUAAAAAUGAUUGAGUAAGAGUUCAAGGAGUGUAUAUGUGUGAAGGAGAAAAAUAAGUAGAAAGGAGGCCAAAGGCUGCAGCAAUAUAGAACUUGGGAAAAUUCCAAGAGUGCAAUAAUGUCUGUCGAUAGCAAUACUCCACUGGAUCCGAGAGUUCAGGUGGAGCUGGAGAAACUAAAUUCAGCGACUGAUGAUAUAAAUAAGUUUGAAGUGGAGCUUGACGAAGCUAAAUCCGAAUUUCGUCGUCUCCUGGCGGAGAGUGUGGAAAAAAUUAAACAGUCAGCCCAUAAAUUGGGGAAUUCCAUUGAAACCGCUAAACCCUACUACGAGGCACGCUUGUAUGCAUCCCAAUUGGCCAAGGAGACCCAAUUAGCGAGUGCAAAUUACGAAAAAGCCCGCUCUGUCCAUGCAGCAGCAAAGGAGAUGGUCUACCUGGCUGAGCAGGGCUUGGGGGAGAAAUCCACCCUCGAUACCGCCUGCCAGGAGAUGCUAAGUCAUGCUGCGAGCCGUGUUAAUCAAUCACAGCUUGAGUGCACGGAUACGCGCAAUGUCCUGAAGAUAUGUGAGCUGAAGCAGGAAGUUGCCAACAAUCGUGUGGCGAAACUUCAGGCACAGCUCAAAAGUGCAAUUAGAUCCUCAAGCAUGAAUAUUCGAAGAAAUCUUCUGUUGAUUAAUUUAUUGGCUUAUCAGCGAGAGUUAUGUUGUUUGCCCUACUAUGAGACAAGGGCAAACUACAAUGGGCUACUAAAGUCCCAGAAGCAGAGGGUGAAUGAUCUGGAGUCAAAGGUGGCGGAUGCAAAGAUGACCUACAAUGAGGCAUUGAAGAAUCUCGAGAAGAUUUCGGAGGAAAUCCACAAAAUGCGCAAAGAGCGACGUUCCAUUGAGAUGGAGUUUGGUGCUUCGAAUUCUAGUCAAAUUGAUUCAAGUGAUGAGUACCUGGAUUUCCCUGCGAAGCUCACGUCAAAAUCAAGUCCAGUUCGGCAGCAACGAUUCUCCCCACUUGACUGCCCGCAUUUGCUGCGGGACGUCGAUAUGCGGAGCUUCGGGGGUACGUCGUCCGAGAGCAAUGGCUACCAAACGGACGACGCGUCUCCGAUUAAAAUGGACGGCAUGAGUAAUUUGAAUGUGGACGAAUGGACGGAAAUUCGACUCUCAAAUUCCGAGAGUACAAGUUCCGGGUACUCACAGAAUACCAAUUGUCUAGGUGAUCAGACACCCGUGGACAGUGAUAGCUUCAGUUCCAGCGAGGAGGGUCGCAAGGUGACGUGCACAACGGUCUUUCAGCACAAUGAGGAAGACACGGGGAAGAAGAAGAAUGAAGGACUCACCACGUGGAUAUCUAAAUCUAGUCUAAAGAACACAGGACGCAGACAGAGCCUAGAUCUGCUAAUUGAUGCCAGUGAUAAAGUGAAGGAUGUCUUUACACAGGGAUUCCAGAGGGUGGGAAAGACCCUCGAAAGGAGGAAUAGCGAGUCUGAAGUCAAUAACGAGAGUCAUGACUUUUUCCUUUUCAAAUCAGAUAACAAAGAUGGAUUGUCGGAUGAACAGGUGGAAAAUUUGAAUUUACAUCAAGAUUCUGAGGUGUAUCGGAAUAAUGACAUCGACAUAUCCAAAUAAGAAUGAAACUAGAAAAUUUACUUCUAAAAUUCUUCAAAAUGUUUUAAGUAGUUUGUUAAGGAAUUGCAAAGAACACACCAUGGAACAAAUUUAUAUUUUUUUCUUCUUUUUUUAAGUAUUUUUAAGUAAAAAGAUGAUCUUGAAGAAACUAGAAAAAUCUUUGGAAAAUUCUUCUUUUAAGUAACUCAACGGGUUUAAAGAAAAAUGUGAGGAAAUCCUUUUUUGAUUCCGGAUAAUUCAAUCCAAAACAUUAAUAUUUCUGCAAGUUUUUAGAAGAAGAAUUGAUCACUGAACGAUCAUUUGCAAAUUCAAUUCGGGCAGUAAAAAUCUUUACCAGAAGUUUAAAAUUUUAUUAUUCAGUGAGUAAAAUACAUAUUUUUUAUAUCAAGUUCAAUUUAAUUUAAGCAAUAUAAUCGUAUAAUUGGUUAGUGAAUAAAAUGAUCAAUAAUCAGGUUCAAAAUGUUCAAAAUUGACCUAAAUAUUCAUCAAUCACAUUUAAGCAAUAAAACAAACUUUUAAAUCAUUGUGAGUUGUAGACAUUAAAAGCUCUUGAAGCUUUAAGAUUUUAAAGCUUUGAAAAUAAUUAUUUUUAUGAGUCUUUAAUCAAUCUGAAUAUGCUUCUCGUACUGCCUAAAUAGAUUUUUUUUAUGCUGCUGAAAGUCAAUAUUUUUACUGAAACGAUCAAAAGUUUUGCCAUUUUACUGAUUAAAAAUAAUAUUUACGGCCAAAAUUACAACUGAUCUUUCUCAUUCAAAUCAUUUAAUUUUUAAGAAAUAAAAUCAAAGAAAGUUUUAAAAAAAACUCUACUGAUCAUUAGGUCUGACUGAAAGUCAUUUAAGGAAAUUUACAAGAAUUAGAAUAAAUAACAAAAAUUAAGAAUAAAAAAUAUUAAUAAAAGUUUAUUUUACGAGGAAAAAAGGAGAUUUUUCCAUGGAGUUUAUUAAAUUAAAACUUAAUUAUAGAAAAAAAAUCACUCAAUUACUCGCAAUUACAAUUUAUUUUAAUUUUAAUAAUUUUAUCAACAUAAAAAUUGCUAAAGAAGAAAAAAUAUGUUGCAUGGUGUAAUACAUAAAACAUUUACUAUAUACAUAAUAUGUUAGAGGCUGUAGAAUUGUACCAAGAAAAAAAAACUGAAAAUUAAAAUGAAAAUAACUUUUGUGGUCUUCUCUAGUCGUACAAGCAAUUUAUGCUCUAAAAUGGGAAAUAAAUUUAUUUACUCAUGCGCCAA